AUUAUUGUUUAUUUUUAAUUCAAUGCACAUUAACACACUAUGCAUUAGAGUUGCAUCUAUGAUUCAUAACAUGAAAUUUGUUAGUCAUUUAGAGAUAAUGUGGUAGAUAAGAUUUGUACAUUAUGAAAAAGUGAGGAAAUUAAAAAAUGUUACUCCAGAUAUAAUUAAACAAUCAUAUAUUGUUGAUUAUUAUUUUCAGCAAAAGGCAUUGAAUAACAUGGGUGAUCAAUCUACAGAUCAACAUCUACAAAUGACAAAAAGCAAAUCUGUUCAUAUAAUUCAAAAUUAUCUUUUACGAGGACCAGAAAGUGUACCACCACCACCAUCACCACCAAUUGAACCAAAUGGGCUACCGUUUCCUCUUCCAGUUUAUAAAAAGCCAGGGACAGCAUCAACUUCCUCCCGUCAUAUUAACAAUGAUUGUGCAGGUCAUACGAACAGUACAACACCUGAUCUAACCGACAACUCUUCUAAGAAUAUAACUAAGCAAAGUUUCUCAAGCAAAAGAUUUCCCGAAGACCCAAACAGAACUGUAGCAACGUCCCAACCACGACCUCAAAAGAAAAAAGGAGACGACAAUACAACAAAUAUAAGGGAUACUACUACGAGUAAUCAGAAUAACGGGAACCAAAAUAAGUCAACACCAUCAACAUCACGUACAAACGGUACGAACGGUACAACGUCUGAUCCAUCCGCCAACUCUUCUAAGACUAUAACUAAGGAAAAUUCCUCAAGUAAAGGAUUGCCCGAAGACCAAAACACAACUGAAGCAACGUCCCAACCACGACCUCAAAAGAAAAAAGGAGACGACAAUACAACAAAUAUAAGAGAUACUACUACGAGUAAUCAGAAUAACGGGAACCAAAAUAAGUCAACACCAUCAACAUCAUGUACAAACGGUACGAACGGUACAACGUCUGAUCCAUCUGCCAACUCUUGUAAGAGUAUAACUAAGGAAAAUUCCUCAAGUAAAGGAUUGCCCGAAGACCAAAACAGAACUGAAGCCACGUCCCAACCAUCACCUAAAAAGAAAAAAGUGGCCAGUAAAAAAAAUACCAAAAAUAAUACCAUGUGUAAUCAGAAUGACGAGAACCAAAAGGAACCAACGUCGUCAACAUCACUUACAAAAACUCCAAAAAAGGACGAAAACAAAAUGAACGAGGACUAUUUAAAGAUGAUGAACGAUGUAUUUCACACAGUUUUGCAUAACCAGAAUCUUGUUCAUGUUAUUGACGACAAAGCAAUCGAGCUGUCAAAUAUUUUACAAUCUGCAAAUAAAGAAUAUCAGUACAUUUGUUACAAAUUAUAUACCAGAAUGGUCGCGUGGCACAAUAUUUUCAAAAUCUGUAAGGAUUAUAUGCCCAAUUUGACAGAUGAAAAUGUUAUUAAGAUUUUCAAUUUUUUAAAGGAAAAUAAAUUUGUUGAUACAGAUUAUAAACAAGAUAGUGUGGAAUCACUGCUAAAACAACUGCCUACAAAAGAUGUUAAAAAUAUUUGUUUAAACCUCAAAAUUAAAGCCGACUCUACCAAAUAUAAGAUGAUAGAAACUUUAUUAAAUAGGUGUAAACGGCAGCCUACUAUUUGCGGUAUUAAGUCUACGAGUAAUAUUAUCUUAGAAGAAAUAACCAAGAAGAUGGGGAAUGCUAUAAGGAUUAACGACUCGUUUAAAAAACAUAUUAAUCACGUUUACCUAUUAGCAACAUUCACUAAUACAAGAUUUCAAAAUAUUGAAGAUUUCCUACAAAGGGAUUUAAAAUGCGAUUUUCCAGCUUUCUUACCUGAAAACUAUAAAGUUUUUAGUGGUAGAGAAGAAUUUCUGAGGUAUGCAGAAGCAUGUGAGCUCAAAAAAACUGUAGAAGCGAUUAAAAAUAAUGAUACUUUAGUACUACAAGAAAUUGGCAAGAAAGUUCAUGAAACUUUAACGACUUUGAAACGAACUAACGACGAAAUAUAUCUCAACGCACCACAUCUAAAACGUUUUACUGCCGAGUCAGUAUACUGUGGAAUUUUAACCAAUAUUUGUGAAACAUUAAAAACCAAAUACGCCGACAAGGUCCAAGAAUUUUUAGAAUAUCUGAUCGAAAAUUUUCCACGUUCACACAGAAUCGGUACUUGGUAUAUGAUUUUGUGUGACAUAUUUAUUUCCCGCAAUUUGUCAAAAGAAGCUGUGAAUACUAUUAUAACAGCACUCAGUACUAAAAAAGAAUAUAUUUUGGAGUAUCAGAUUUAUGAAUUUGCACAUAAGGCGCAACGGCUAAAGAACCGUAAAAACAUUGAUCAAUAUUGUCAUGAUCAACUUGUGGGAUUAUUAGUUGCUCCUAUUCAUUUAGAACACUUUCCCCAAGAUGUUGUAGAUGCCAAAGCAAUUAGGAGAGACAAAUCUGGGAGAAAACGGCUCUAUGAGGUACACAAUUCAGAUAGUAGUAAAACAUAUAACACUGUAGAACAAGUUGCACAAGACUAUUAUGUUGAAACAUGUGGUUAUACCAAUGGCAUACAUUGCGAGGACAUGAUUAUAAUGAAAUCGUUCACGCUUUUCUUCUGGGAAAUCAUUUAUAGCCAAAAUCCGAUUAUCCCGGGUACUUUUGUAUCUAAAUAUCAAGAAGUCCCCCUUGAUAUGUAUACCACUGAUUUCUACAAAAAUCGGAAAGAACUAAUUGACAAAAGAUUGAAGGAUAUAGCUGAAGGUUGGUCAUAUGAAGAAACUAUUGAAAAAGCUACAGAGUACUGGAAUAAAUAUUCACAAAUAUCAGGAUUGUGUGGUCUAAUAUGUGAGACUCUAGAUAUCGAAUUCCUUAAUAUAAUUGUGGAUUGUAUCGGAAGAAAAAUACUCUCUAAAAUUUAUGAAAGGCUGGUUAAAGAUAUAGAUCAGUACCAAAGUGGAAUGCCAGAUUUGAUUUUAUGGAAUGUAGACGAAAAAAAGGCCAAAUUUGUUGAGGUUAAAGGGAAAAAUGAAAGACUCUCGAUGAAGCAGCAAUUGUGGUUGAAGUAUUUACUGGAGAUCGGAGCAAACGUAGCAGUUUGUCACGUACACUGUAGAGGAUCUAAGAGAAAAUUGGACGAUAACUAAAUGACCACUAACGAACCGACCAAUAACACCACCGACAUAAUCAUUAUAUAA